GCAACAGUCACUUCAAGUCCCGUGACAAAAUUCAUGGGAACUUUCUUUUUACAGCGAGAAAGACUGAUGUUUCCUGUUUCUUCCACUUCGUAAGCGCUUAUGGACAGCGGUGAAAUACUAGCAAAAUAUCCAUCUGUAUUUGACGUGUCAAUUUCAACGGAAUAAACUAAGUAUUUUGGCUGUCUACAACGAAGAGUCUACGGCGUAGAGAUGGAGAAAGAUUGUUGAACACCGAUUAGAAUACAAAAAGCAUCUGUCUGCAGAAUGCGCAGGCCCUUUGUGAACCUGAAUUAAGAACCCUGCUGUCUGUAGUUCAGCUCUUGUCCCCAAAAGAUGGAGGAGCCGUCCAGCUUGCCCAGUGUCAGCAUUCCCUGUCACGAUGAGCAGAGGGACAAGAAAAAACGUUACACUGUUUACAAAGUGAUAGUUAAUGUUGGACAGCAUGAGUGGUUUGUUUUCAGGCGGUAUGCAGAAUUUGAUAAACUCUACAAUAUAUUACGAAGACAGUUCCCGACAGUGAACUUAAAGAUACCUGCAAAAAGAAUAUUUGGGGACAAUUUUGACCCAGAAUUCAUCAGACAAAGAAGAGCUGGAUUGCACGAGUUCAUCAAGAAAAUUGUUUCACAUCCCAAGCUUUGUGACCAUCCAGACGUAAAGAGCUUCCUUUUGAUGGACAGAUUAAAGCGUUUUUCUUAUGGCUCAGAGGAUGAAGACGAUAAGAACAAUUCUACCUCUAGAAACAUUAACCUGGGACCAUCUGGAAAUCCACAAGCGAAACCGACAGACUUUGACUUUUUAAAAGUCAUAGGUAAAGGGAGUUUUGGAAAGGUUUUCCUUGCAAAAAGGAAGCAUGAUGAAAAGUAUUAUGCAGUUAAAGUGUUACAGAAAAAAGUAAUACUUAACCGAAAAGAACAAAAACAUAUCAUGGCAGAGCGCAACGUACUGCUGAAGAAUGUCAAACACCCCUUUCUGGUGGGGCUCCAUUAUUCCUUUCAGACCACAGACAAGUUAUACUUUGUGUUGGAUUUUAUCAAUGGAGGAGAACUGUUCUUCCAUCUACAAAAAGAGAGGACCUUCCCAGAACCCAGGGCAAGAUUUUACAUUGCAGAGAUGGCAAGUGCUCUGGGAUAUCUGCACUCUGUAAAUAUUGUAUACAGAGACUUGAAGCCAGAAAACAUUCUUCUAGACCAUGAAGGACAUAUAGUUUUGACAGACUUUGGACUGUGCAAAGAGGGCAUUUCUCAAACUGAUACCACUACGACAUUUUGUGGAACACCUGAGUACUUGGCUCCAGAGGUCUUGAGGAAACAGGCAUAUGAUAAUACAGUAGACUGGUGGUGUCUGGGGUCAGUACUGUAUGAGAUGCUUUAUGGCCUGCCUCCAUUCUACAGCAGGGACACACAUGAAAUGUAUGACAACAUCCUGCACAAACCGUUGGUGAUGCGUUCAGGUGCCUCCCACUCGGCCUGGACUCUACUGCAGGGCUUGUUGGAAAAAGACAAUACACUCAGACUAGGAUGCAAGGAUGAUUUUAAUGAAAUUAAGGAGCACGACUUUUUCAUUAGUAUAAACUGGGAUGAGCUUGAACAAAAGAAGAUUCCUCCUCCAUUUACACCUAAAGUGAGUUGCCCUGGCGACAUCUCAAACUUUGACACAGAAUUCACGGAUGAAAUGGUGCCUAACUCCAUUUGCUGGUCCCAAGAUCAUUCCAAAGUGAAUGCCAGUGUUAUGGAAGCAGACGAUGCCUUUGUGGGAUUCUCAUACGCCCCUCCAUCUGAUGACUCUUUCUUAUGAGACAAAACUCUAUCCAACUCUCAUAACUAAAGGGAACAUUUUAAACUAUGGACAGUUUUUCCUCUGUGAAACCAAAGCUUCCAGCCAAAUGAUUGGUUGAGACAAACUGUAUCAGAGAGGUUUUAUCAAUUUAUAUUUAUAGAUACAUGUAUAAACAAAAAAAAAUCUUAUAACCAUUAUUGUCACCCGCUAUUAAAACAUUUAUUUUUAUUUAGGCCUUAUAAAUAGCCUAACUAUUUCUGGUAAACUUGAAAGUGAACAUUCCUAUUAUGUGGAGUUAUAUCCAUGCUAAUACUGUAAAAACUGGGAUACUGGGCCUACUUCAGAUGCGUCUGGUUUGAGCACAAUGUUUCAUAGGUCAUUUAUGUAGAAUAAUCUUGAUAUUUGUUGCCUCAGUGCAUUUAUUACAAAUAGAAAAAUAACAAAUACACUUUUAUUGUAUGUUGUUGGACAAAAAUAAAUCACAUUAAAAAAUCUGA